CUUGCAAAUUGCGACGUAGCUGCAGCCGCUUUGCCGCACUUGUCAUCAGGCGACGCAUUCAUUAAAAGCACUCAAGCGCUCUGCUCCGGCGCAUCGCUAAGGCACGGCACGUCGCACUGUGGCCCAGCACUCAGAGGACCCAGCACUCGCUUGACGUCUGUCGACGCGAACGGAUGGCCAGCUCCCUGGCGAAGCACCGCUACUUUACCUUCGUGGCUACGUCGAGCCAAAUGGACGACGCCGAGGGCAUCGCGCGCGUCCUCCGGCAGCGCGCGCUCGCCGCGCUCGGCGAGGUCGGCCUCGGGCGGCUGGACCCGCGCGUCAACUUCCACGACCGCGGCUCGCGCGUCGUCGUCGUGCGCGUGGCACGAUCACAUGCGAAAUAUUUCAAGGCCCUCGCGGGCGCGUCGUGCCGCGUCGUCGCGUGCUCGGGGAGCCUCCGCACCUGUAAGCCGCGCGUCCGGCGGUUGUUGCGCGAGCGGGGCGCUUCGGUGGCGGCGUUCGAGGCGCUCGAGAAGUUGCGGUGAGUCUGUCCGUGAACGCGGGCGUGUUUUAUGUUUUAGGCUAAGUAGC